AUGAUGGGAACUUUACACGUAGCUCCCAUUGACUUGAGUCGUGACAAAACUCUGGUCCGAACGCGAGCGAAAUUGGACGUUAAUAAGUUGGGCGUUCGUAUAGCGGAACGGCACGUUAUCUCGAGGACCCAUCGUAGUGUUUGUAUAUGCGUCCGAUUGGUGACGUCUACAACGUGGCACCGCGCGCCGCACGCUAAGCGCUCCGUCGCGAUCGCCGCGGCCGCCCGCAGCCAUCGCCGCGCCGCCGUCGCCUUCCCC